AUGAAAUGCUCGAAUAAUAUUACUGCUUUAGGCUGCUUAGGUCAGCGGCACGGUAUCACGCGUCUUUCGCGUGUCUGCACGUUCAAGGUCCAUUGCCCUUCCAAUUAUACACAAUCCGCCACAAUGGACGCUGAAGCAGAGCUCAAUGAGUACUUCGCGGGCUCAUUCCCCGAUGGGAUUCCCAAAGAUGUUCUCGCUGAGCUCCUCUCCAUGUUGCGGAUCCAUUCGAUCCCCGCGGAGGAGCUCUUCUAUAAAUGGGAAUCAUACAGCAUAAAGAUGGGUGAAGGGGUGACUUUGACCAUGGAAACAGUGCGAGGGUUUAAACAGGAUGUCCAAGAGGCUUUGGAGCGUGAAAGUCGCGAUAAGGUCAGCCGGCACACCGAGAAACGAAGCGCCAACAUGGGAACCCCGCGGGGCGCUGCCGCAGCCAGCGGUGAUAUGUUUGGGAUGUUCGACCAAUUGACACCAAAUGCGUCCGGUAGCCGCACUGCGAAUGGAUUUGGAUCAGCAAAGCGCAAGGCCGAGUUCACAUCCCCCGCUACACCACGAGUGAGCAAGUCUGAAAAGCUUGGAUCACAGGCAAGCACAAAAACACCGAACGGGACACCAGGAGAUGGAAUGCAACCGGUGCCAUUCUCCGAUCGACCAAACGCUGGCCAGACGGUCGAAACUCUCAAUGCGCACCUAUCCUUGCCAGAAUCCCUAAUGGCGCCCUUCUCCGAAGCACGCAUUAAGCCUACAGCCAACACAGAUCUGAAGAAAUUCGGCUACAAGCCAAUGGGUAUGAAAUUGUCAGAAGCCUCGGAGAUCUUAGAUGAUCGCAUCGACGAGUUUGCGACUAUAUUCCAGGCACAAUUCGAUUCGGACGAGAUUACAUUCGGGAGCGCAGCUAUUCAGAGCACAAGCGAGAUUAUUGCUGUUGGACGGAUUGCCUCAGACAGCCUUGAAGGGAAAUUAAACUCAGCUUCUCUUGUGCUUGAAACUUCGCGCCGAACCGGAGCCGGCAGACGAGUCCCCUUGAAGGUGGAUUCUGUACCGUCAGUCACUUUCUUCCCGGGCCAGAUCGUAGCUCUCCGGGGAAUCAAUCCUUCUGGUGAAUACUUCACUGUGAAAGAGGUGCUUCCGAUUCCCCUCUUGCCACCAGCGGCAUCCUCAGCUGUGGCAUUGGACAACAUCAACGAGCGACUUGACGGAGAUGUCAACUCACCACUCAACGUCAUCAUAGCGGCUGGUCCGUACACAGCGGAUGAUAACCUAGAUUUUGAGCCACUGCAAGAACUAUGCCAAAAGGCAGCUGACACCUACGCCGAUAGUCUGGUGUUGUUGGGACCAUUCCUAGACAUUGAGCACCCGCUUCUUGCAUCGGGCGAUUUCGAUCUGCCAGAUAUCAAGGGCAUCGACCCAGAUACAGCUACACUGUCAAUAAUGUUCCGGCACUGCAUCUCCGCACCACUUGCACGACUUGCAGCAGCCGUUCCAAGCAUCACAAUUGUAAUGGUCCCGUCUGUGCGCGAUGCACUCAGCCGUCACGUCUCCUGGCCUCAAGAGCAGCUCCCCAAGAAAGAGCUGGGUCUACCGAAGCAGGUCCGCAUGGUCUCAAAUCCUGUCACAUUAUCGUUCAACGAAUGCGUUAUUGGAAUGUGCUCACAUGAUGUGCUCGCCGAGCUUCGUCGAGAGGAAGUUUUACAUGGUCGACCGAAAGAGGGCAGCCUGCUCACUCGGCUGCCCAAGUAUCUCAUCGAGCAACGCCACUUCUUCCCCUUGUUCCCUCCAACUGCACGGGCAAACCUCCCGAAGCCCGGAUCCGAGGGCAGCAUGGCUACAGGUGCCAUGGUGGACUUGCCAUACAUGAAAUUGGGCGAGUGGUGGAAUGUCCGGCCCGAUAUCCUUAUUGUCCCUAGCAUGUUGCCAGGUUUCGUAAAGGUCGUCGACAGUGUGCUAGUCAUCAACCCAGGUACACUUUCAAAACGUCGCGCCGCAGGCUCAUACGCCCAAAUGGCCAUCCACCCUAGAGUAGUGGCCGAAGACGAGCGUGAGCAGAAGCAGCUAAGCCAUAAGCUGUACGAGCGGGCUCGGGUGGACAUCAACCGAAUCUAG